CGUGGGUGUCGGCACCUUGGGUCCAAAAAAAGAGGAAAUUUGUCACGAGUGUCGUCUAUCUGUGUGUUGAUGACGUGUAUGUGAUUCUUGUGUCAUCGUGAGUGGAUUAAUUCUUCAGUCAAAACUAAAGAAGGUUGCUGUAAAUUUGGAUAUGGCUGAAACUGACGUUGCGUCAUCCUAGAAGAGAGCGACGUAAAAAUUUGGAUCCUAACCAAGGAUGGGAUCGUCGCCUCGUGGAUGGGUCUGCAGCAUCGACAGCUUGAGCUGGAUCAGCAGCUUGGCUGGAUCGGAGCCGACGAUGGAGUGGGCAUCAACGCCAUGAAAUGUGCGUCAGUGUCGUUUGUCUACAGCCUCAGCCUCAGUGUCCAUUGCGCAGUAGCAGGAAAAGUACCGAGAGCAGCAGCAGCAGCAGCAUCAUCCAACAGCAAUCGAGUCGUCUACUACAAAGUACAAGGGGAGAGAAGAGCAGGUCUGGCCGGCUCGUCUGGUCUCUCGGCGGCCCGGCAGCGAGUGCCAUGGCCCCUGCCUUGACUCAGGCCACACCGCAUCAGCGCUGUUGCCCGCUCAAUAGCAGCCCGAACGUUCCUCCAAGUUUGACAUUACUCCCGAAAUCAUCGCAUCAUUCGUCCUCGUUAAAAGAGACGCGUGAAGUGUGGCCGUCUCGUUGCUGCGGCACGAACGGACCAGUGACAAAAUCAGCAUCAACAAACACGACUCGCAAGUGCCGAAAGAACUCGAGUAGCAGUGCGGUGGUAGCGGUUAGCGGCCAAGAAAUAGCUCGAUCGGACGAGUUGACCAAGAGUCGGGGCGGCGGCGGUGGUGGUGGUGGAGGUGUUGCGGACAGCCAGGGAAACCUGGACCCGCCACCGACCAUUGUCAACAAGGCUUUGGCGGCACCCGGGCCGCCCCCGACGAUUGGACAAGGUACCGAUCUGGCGAAUAUAAUCACUUCGGCUACAGCCGUUGCGCCCAGAUCGUCUCCCCCUAGCGGUGGUGGUAGAGGAACAACGCCUUCACUCAACGGGAACGCCACCAUGGGGCUGCAUCCGACAGCCCCAGGAGAUCGAAUGGAUCUCGACUCACCUCCCAUGGUCGUUCAGACUCCCGGCAAGACGCCCGAGUGGACAGCGACCACCACCACGGCCGAGGAAUCAAGUCGUGAGGAGACCGAGGACAGCGUCCAGGACAUGAUCGAUGUCAUCAAGAGUAUGGAAGUCGAUCAGUGUACAGAUAUUGGUCUCACAGUGGCAGAGCAGCAGCUCCUGCGCGAUGCGGCUGUUGCCGUCAUGGAGGACGCUGCUACCCUUCCGGUCAGUGCGGGACAAACUGCUCCGGCCGUGAUCGACAAGGAGGCUGAAGUGGAACGCCGGCUGGCCGAGGCUCGCACCAAACAACAACAAAUUGAAGCGAGAUGCCAGACGCUGUUGAGGCGAGCCGGGCGGCUCCAGUCGCGCCACGUCGGCCGACACGUGGCCGACCAAGUGGCGCAUUUUGUGACGUACGCCAAAGAGACCCUAUCAAUUGGGGCCAAAGGACGCGGUGGUCAUCAUGGUGCCGCUGGGUCCAAUCUCUACGGAUGGGCAGAAGAUGGUCGGCUUCCGACGCGCGAAGAAGUCCGUAACAUCCCAACGGCCACUUUAGUCAACCUUGUCAGUCGGCUCCAAGCUCCACCCGUUUCCUACCUGAGUAAUCGGCGAUAUUUCGGUCUUACCAAUCGCUCGACGGCUCCUUCCACUGGCCAGCAGCAGCAGCAGCAUGGCAGUAACAACAAUCAAACAACAGGCCGGCAGUUGAGCAGUCAGAUGGCUGAAACUUUGGAAGAGGUGGCCGGUUUGUGGGAGGCUCAACUUCGUUACCUGCAGCGUCAUGAUGAUCCGGACGCUACGGAAAGCAGUUCCGGUGGUGAAAGUGACGACGAAACGACGCCUCCUGCUGUUAUCGAGCCGUUUUUGCCGACCCCUACGUCUACCGUGACGAGUACCAGCAACGAAGCGGGAGGAAUUCACGAUGCUGCUGCAGCCGGUUCUGCUGCUGCCUCUACUUCCAGUCACGCAGGUUCAAUUUCUACCCCAGUCAGUGGACCACCAACUCCGGCUCCCAAACCCGUCUCUACGUAUCAGCGAGCUGCAUGGAGAUGGGCACGUGACCGGGCGGCGGUAGCGGCCAGGUGGUCUUGGUUACAGGCGCAAGUGUCGGAUCUCGAGUACCGCAUCCGCCAACACACGGAUGUCUACCGGCAAUUACGUGCAGCCAAAGGGCCCGUCCAAUUCGCCCCAGCCAACGGACUGACCGGUAGUGCAACACCAACAACAACAACCAGCCCGGUCAAAGCCGAGCCUGGUAGUUGUAGCCCAGAUGGAGCCGAUGCGGAUGCGACUGCUUCUUUACCUUCUUCAUCCAGUCGAACUAGACCUUUGGUCAGCAUGGCUGGAACCAGUGGCAGCAGCAGCAGCAGUAGCGGAGGAUUCCGCCACCGUCGGUUGAUUAGAGCGUCGCAAAUUCAAGCGGGCAGCGGCCGUAAACCGAGUCGUCAUUCGUCAACUGUGCGAUGUUGCUGCGUCAUGUCGCGUAUCUACACGCCGUGCGUGCUGUGCAAUGGCAAGAACAACUAUUUGCUGCCGGUAGAUCCGGAUGGCAUGACUCUGAGAGAGCGAAUCGGCCUGACGGACCGGGGUUUCCAUCCAGUUCUCUCGUUGCCGCAAGACAUUCCGCUCAGCGCCCACGUGGAUUCGCUACUCAAGUCUGGCGACUGGCGACCUCCGCCACCACCAACGUCGUCGCACCAAACUCCGCGCGGAAACAUCAACAACCGACGUUCCAGCUCGAAGGCGACGCAGGAAGAAGACGCUUUGCUGCUGCCGGCCAAACGCAAAUCCAAUAACAAGAGGAAGAGCAAGGCGACCGAUGGCGUCAGUGAAGACGGCAAAUUGGAUAGGAGAAAGGCGUUGAUGAAGCGAAGGAAACGCUCGGCUUUGUCGACUGAUGUCCAGGAUGAAGACAGCGCCUCCUUCCCGUCAUCGCCCUACGACACGGGCAGCGUUCCAUCAACGCCCGGGCGGCCGGGAAAUCAUCGUAAUGAGCGGAGUUCCGUCUUCCAAGAUCUGAUGCGACGCCGGACCUCUUACGAUAUCGACAAUAUUGUCAUUCCUUACAGCAUGGCUGCCACGACGCGUGUUGAGAGGCUUCAAUACAAGGAGAUCCAGACGCCCAAAUGGCGCGCAGUCGACGAAGAAGAAUUGGCGGCUGCCCAGGAAUUGUUGGAAGAGGUUGAGGAUGUGAGCGAAGAAGCCUGCAUCGCCCGUCACGAUCGCUCCGAGUUGGAAGAACGGCGCAAAUUUAUGAGCUAUUUGAAACAACCGGCAGGAGUGACGAGAGGCCGUCGCCGAGUCGAUCAGAUUGAUCGACUCGACAGUCGAGCUGAUCAGAGUUCUGGUGCCAAUACGCCCGAUCCAAUGUCACCUAUGGGAUCCAAAGCCACUGAUGGCCCGAUGAUGGAUGUCGACCUUCCCACCGAUGUCGAUGGCGAACGUGUAGCCCCUGCCGACACGUCGACAGCUGACGGAUCGUUUACAGCUUCUGCCAUCAAAGAACGUCGUAGGACUGCAUCACUGACAAAAAGGGAUUCCAGUGUCUGGAAGUUUGUCCAAGACGACAAUUCCGGCAUGUCGUGGGAAAUGGACGAGCAGUUUUACACAGUGGCUCCUUACGAACCUCGCCUCUUCCCUCUACCGGACAGCGUUUUCGAGCAGCUGGUUGAGGAGAUGCCCCCGGAGGAAGACGAUGAGUUGGCAUCUUCGGAAGGGGCGGUCCAACGUGCAGGCAAACGAGAAGCUCGAUCAUCGGAAUGUGGCGGGGUUGCUGCCGGCGGUGUUGGAGGAGGAGUGCCGGUCGUUAUACCUUCAGGAGCCACACCGACGACCACGACGUCUUCUGUGGACGACGAAGCUGUUACUUUUGUCUCUGAAUCGACGAGCUCACCUGGCGCCGACGAUCUUGACGUCGACGACGAGGAUCCCAACGAUCCCGAAUGGGAAGGAAGCCAGGGUAGCGCUCCCAGGAGCAAGAAAAGAUAACCGACGGUCGUCACUCUCCAAAACAACAAAUUUCGUAGAAGCGAAUUGCUAAUUCCCCCCAUAUAAAUUCCCUUCUUUCACAGAACUACGUAGUAUGUCGUAAACAAGCAAAAACAAAAACAAAAAAAUAGUUAACUUCCUUAAUCGUAGUAACAAGAUGGCGGUUGAUUUAAUUUUUUUUUUUUUUUAGCUCUUCGAGUACAUACACGGAAGAAAAAGACUGAGUAUGUGUGAUAGAAUUUAUACAUAGAAAGAAUGAGAGAGAGAAAGAAAGUAAAAGGUCAUUGUAACGUGAUUCACAAUAUUUGCUGUAAAUAGUCGCGCAAGGAAUUGAAAAAAAAAAAAAAAAAAAAAUGGAUGAUUAUGUUUGGUUGUCUUGUCACACCGAUCUGUUGGCGCAACCUUUAUCCGUUUACUCCUCCCCCAAAUGUGUGUUUUUUUUUUAUGAUUAUUAUUUUUUUUUGUUUCCCGUGCUAUAUAAUUGUCAAAGUCACACAUCCAAUUCUGUUUCCAUGUUUACACCUGCUCCCCCUUUUUAUUAUCUUUUUUUUUUCUCCAAAAACAACAACACAAAAAAAAAACAGAAUUUCGGAUCGAAUUGCGGGAAAGAAAAGAGUAACAAUUAAUUCUGGGGCUCUUUCUGCAUGGGUUCUUUUGUCACUUAGUUUCAACUCUUUAUAUCGUUCGAAAUUAUGAACAGGGAGAAGACAAACGACUCCCGUCGAACAACUGAUUAUAAAUAUUUAACCAAGUUCAUAUUUUUUUUUCCCCUUCUUAUGUGGAUUGAAUUUCUUUCAUGCUGUUCUUUUCCGUCUUGGUCCACGUCUCCUCAUCAAUGUAUAAAUAUCAUACUAUUUCUCUCUCGUUUCUCCUCCUCCCCACUCUUGGCAUUCAUGUUUUUUUUUUCUUCCUGAAAAAACUACAACAAAAAAAUACAGUUCUCCCAGAAUGUUCACACACAUA